AUGGUGCCGUCUCCUUCGUUGCGGUACCGACGGAGGAGGAGUCGUUUUCGGGCAGCUGUGGCGGUUGGUGCGGCAGUGGCGGCAGGUUUGGCGGCACCUCUUCUUGCUGUUGCCGCUACGGCGCCCGCUGCGGCCGCCCAGGAAGUCGUCGACCUGCCAGAGCUCACGGGUAACCGUGGGCAGACUCAAGACCACGGACGGGUGGACCCUGAGCCACGGCAACGUCCUGGGAAGGGGCCAGGAGGUUACAACGGGUUCAGCGCUCACCCCAUGAUAGACGUGGGUGAGGAGUGUGUACCUAGCCCUCUCUGGGUCAAAGACGUCGACAAGUCGAGCUAUGAGCUGGGGUGCGAAGAGAUCGAGGCUAUGCUGGCAAACAACAAGAGGUUCGUCGGGGAGGGUCGUGUGCGAAAAGUGUACUUGGCGGAGUACGGGGAUCAGACGGUAGCUGUGAAGGUACUCCAGCACCAAGACCAAGUUAACCGGCAUCGAAUCGAGGUGGCAACCAUGGAUGCGGUCAGAGGUAAUCCUCACAUCGUCCAAACACUGGGCAUAUGCAACACCACGGUGGUAACCGAAGCCUUCACGCUUACUCUUUCAUCCGCCAUGCGCAAGCGCACGACGGCUCUACCGAUCGGCGAGGCCGUCACGAUGUCCUUGGACGCCGUGAGAGGCCUGCAAGCCCUCCACGAGGCUAUCGGAGGCCCAAUCGUACACUUUGACCUGAAACCGCCCCAGAUUCUGGUGACAGGCAUCGGGCAGGUGAAGCUCAACGACUUCAACGUUGCCUGGUUCAUGAGCCGAGGGCCGGACGGGAAGCCGUGUCCAUUCAAUAUGGGUAUCGAACAUCGCGGGCAAACCUCACCCUGGAGAUCCCCUGAGUACCACGCCCGAAAGGCUGAUGACGACGAGGAACUUCGUCAACGGUGUGACGAUGAGGACAACCAGGAGCCCAUGACGGAGAAAGUAGAUAUCUACUCGAUGGGUCUAAUCUUCCUAUUAAUAAUAGCUGGCGACGGCAUGCGCAUGCCAGUGGCGCAAGAGUCGAAGGAUGAUGUCCCCGUGUUCGCCACACCGUGGCACAGGAGCUACUAUGAGAUCGCGCAAGACAUGAUUGUUGAGGAGGCCAACCGAAGACCCUCCGCUCGCCAAGUCGCUGAGCGGCUAGACGUGAUCCUCCACGAGUUACCCUGAUUCCGUUAGACAACACAUCAGUUUCGUGUCCAACCGAUUCAAGCAAGUGUGUUUGUGCACCAAGAUUCGUUCCAUUAUUGCCCGGCCAUGAGAGAACGAGGGCUUAUAAAAGGACUCUGGCCCUCCAUUUUGUUUCGUCGUCGUCGUCGUCGUCGUCGUCGUGGUUGCGGUCGUCGUCGACAUUCACUGCAUCACGCUAAGCAUAAACCCUCUUGCAAAGUUCUGGAGGUCUGCUCUGUCGCUUGAUUCGAGAUUGCGGACUUGGUCAAGCCCUUGUUGUCGCGGAAAGUCACGCAGCUAUGCAUAGUUUCGGGGGGCAAAGAUGUUUCACCGCCAACCAUCCAUGGUGAUGGUCUCGUGUGUCGUGGAGGUAUGAAACAAAUGAAAAUUUCCGAGUUGGGCAGACUAGCGUAAAUAUGUACGUAGUAGUCUUCUGCCGCACAAUGUACAGCUGUGGCGGGAGUGUGCAUCAUGCUUCGGAGUACGUUGUGUACGUACAUGGUUUGCCGAGCACGUUCGCAGGGAUGCAGCAUAGAUAGGUGGCCUCAGGUGCAGACUAAUAAGUUGUACGGCGAUUGUUGUUGUUGUU